UAUUCACAUUAUAGAAUGAGCUCCAAUACAACUGCUGACUCCAAAGUCUCAAGCCAGGAGAAAAGUACAGUGGAAAUUAUUUUCUACGCCAUCAUUGUUCUCCUGGGCACCACUGGGAACUCUGUGGUCAUCUGGGUGGCUGGCUUCCGUAUGAAACCCAAAGUCACCAACGUGUGGCUGAUCAACCUCGCCAUGGCUGACCUGAUCUUCUGCUUGACCCGAAUUACUCAGCUCAUCAAAUAUGUUUUCUUUGACCAUUGGCCUUUUGGAGUCUUCCUCUGCAAGUUCAAUGGCUUCUUCAAGUACGCCAACAUGUUCUGCAGUGUUUUUCUGCUGGCCGUGAUAAGUUUGGAUCGAGUGCUCUGUGUGUGGUGUCCAGUGUUCACUAAGAAGAGAAGAACGUUGUGUGCGUCACGUGUGGUCAGUUUAGGGGUUUGGAUUGCGGCGAUGAUCUUCAGUUCACCAUACUUUGUGUAUCGGGAGGUCUACACUGACAAGAACAACUUGAGCAAGUGCUCAUUAAAGGAAAAAGUAAAAGUAGAUGAAGGAAGUGCAGCAAAGUAUGUUUACUACUACAUUCGCUUCUUCUGCGGAUUUCUGGUACCUUUCCUGGUGAUCUUCACCUGCUACACACUAACUGCUGUUGGGAUACGCAGGACGCGACUGACUGGAAAAGCGAAACCUCUUCGGAUUCUUGCAUUAGUGGUUUUGGCCUUUUUCUGUUGCUGGACCCCAUACCAUGUCCUAGGUCUUAUAAAGCUGAUGAAUAAAAACCAUCCGGCUGUCAAGUUGGGAUGGAAUAUGGCUUCAAAUGUAGCUUAUUUCAACAGCUGCGUGAACCCAGUGCUGUACUUCUGUAUGGGUCUGGAUCUCAGGCAACGCUGCAAUCAAAGUCUGUUAGCUGUUUUUCACAGAGCUCUUACAGAAGAAGGCCAAAGUGUGGACACCACUGUGGAUGGACGUUUCAGUUGUGCUCAAAAGGCUGAUGGUACAGCUCACCACACAUCUGUGUCUAUAUAG